ACUCUCUUUUUGUCUGUAUCUCUCACUCAAUCGGAAUACAUAGAUUUCAAAUUCAAUUUCAAUUUCUCAAAGUAAUUUUACCCUUUUUUCCCCCUUAUCUUAUUUGUGCGUUAUUUUCUCUCUCUCAUCCUUAAUUCUAAUUCUCCAAUCCCUCCGUGUUAACGAGUGUGGGUGUUAAUUAAAAUUAAUUAUCAAGAAAAAUAUUGGAGUUACUCAUCUUUCUUCUUUUCUUUUCUCAGUUUUUCAAUUCAAACACAGUUUCUUUCCUUAAAUUUAUAUGUUUCUGUCAGAUAGGCUGAAUAUUUCCAAUGAUAUUAUUGUUGAUAAUUAUAAGGAAGAUGACGAUGUUAUUGAGGAUGAACAUGGCAAUCCAGGCAAUGGGUCUGAUGCCCUCCCUACUGCCAACAAGAAGAAGAGCAACAAGAAGCCUAUGAUGAUGCUGAUGCUGCAGAAGAAGAAGAAAAAGAAUAAGAAGAAAGAGAACAUUCCUCUCAGAGAAUCAUGCGAUGGUUCUGCAAGUAGUAAAAACAUUAAUUUCUCCAAACCAAACAAAGUGGUCCUCUUUCCCUUCAUUAAGCCCAACAGACUUUUCCAUAAAAAAAGCACUCCUGCUGCUGCUAGUAAUGCUGAUUGUUUUCCAGGUAACACUAGUACUAGUUGUUUUUGUUUUAAGCAACCCCCUACCUUGGAACCUUCUUCAACAUCAACAACCCUCCAGUCUCAAACAAGCGACCCUAAUCAUCCUGACUUCACCUUCGACAUGUUGAAAUCUUUGAUUGAGACCAAUGAUUUCUAUUCCAAAGAAUGCAACCCCCAUUCUUUAGAUACUACUGCUACUACUUUAUGAAGAUUUCACAGAUUCAUCCA